AUGAGUGUUAGUGUCGACGACGUUUCCAGCCCUUUAUCGGAAGGGCAGAGCACCGUUUGCGACGAGGGAACCUCCUCUUCGGAUAAUCUGGGCGCAAAGAAUGACGACGUUGAGGCAGGUCAGGAUAAGUCGGAGCCAACGAGCCCCAAACUGCAUCCGAUGGCGUUCACAGUCGACUUCGGCGAAAGUAAGAAGUUCGACAACCGAAGGCUCGAGGAGCUAGCGAAAAAGUCGCAAGCGCGACAUCAGAGGGUGCAAUCGAUGUCUGCGGGCUCGGCGCGGCGAAGUCCCACGGCUUUGCGGCCGCCGAUGAGCGUGAAGCUGCCGAGGAAGGCGCAAGGCUAUAACUCCGAGGGCUACUUCUCCUCAGAUCAGGAGGACGGUGGCGCAUCUAACUCUGUCAAGGUUAGAAAUAGUCCGCUAGCACAAAACCCCGACAAGGCCCAAACGGCCAGCCCCGUUACCAAAAGGCAGGUGAAAUCGCCAAAUUUCGAUCUAUUACCCCAAAAGAAACAAUCAAAGAGUCCGAUAGUCGAUAGUAUUAUGACAAGGAGUGAGAACUUCACAACACGUCAAUCCCUGAAUCUGCCAUUGAAUCCCAAUGGGCCUCUUUCGAGUGGCCUCCAUGAAACGCCGAGAUACGGUAAUCUCAGUUAUAAGAAACAUAUCAUGAUGGAUAUUGCUGAUCAGAGCCCCGAGGUCUUGAUGUUGACUGAUAUUUCUAGUCCCGAAUUAGACAUUCUCACUCCUGACAAUGGCUUAUCGACUCCUGAGACUUCCAAAAGCCCUCUGAUCCGAAAAACAAGGGCCAUGUCUGAAACACCCGACUUGCUAUUCAAGAAGUGCCCUCCUAAACCCCAACCAUUGUAUAUUGAUGACGAUAUAGAAACACAGUCCAAUAACUCAUCAACAGGCACUUACACUAUCGAAGCGGACAAUUACACAGAGGAGCAGAAGGCAAGAAUGAGUAUAGAUAGGUCGUUUGGUGCCGACUUACUCAAUGAAGCAAUAGACAAAGAUUUGAGUAAACGGUCUAAUGCAGAAGCGGACCCAGCACUUGUAUUUGAUUACCCCAACCUUCAGCAUGUCAUAACAAAAGAACCGAGGAGGGAAGUUUGUCUCAGAAGCCCUUUAGCCUCACACACUGCAUUUGAAAUACCAAAUAAAGUGUCAAAAGACAAGAAUGUUCUGGAGAUAUCUUGCUGCUACGAGCCUCUUAAUGAGAAUGAAUUGGCAGUGCAAACAUCAAAACAGAUCAAGUCGACAAGGAGUUAUUUGGAGAAAAUAAAAAGUAGAGUGCGCACAAUCACUGAAAAGACCUUUCCCAAAUCACCGCCAAAGCAAAGUGACGAGGCAGAUGUCGGCAGCUUCACUUCGGUGACCACAUCAGGUGUUCUAAGCAUGAAGAAGUCUGUCAAAAUAGAAAUGCCUAUUCGGAGACGUUGUAGCCUGACCAAAUCCGAGAUAGACCAGACCGACUAUGUCCAUAGGUUGUCUAGAGAGUCCUCUGUCCCAGUCUCGUUGCCCAGCAGCAAGGGUCUGGCCUUGGAGGAUGCUGAAUUCGAGAGCACCGCCCUUAGGAACGCCCAGAAAGCUCUACGGGACGACAGCGGGGUCUCCUCUGACAUCACACCGGACCAGGUGGUCGGCAAGCUGUCCUAUAUGAGCCUCAGCCGUUGCAAAGGCGACAAAACCUGGAUCCAAGAUUGGGCUGAAAGCGUCAAGAACUACAACAACAACACCCUGGCCAAGGAUUGUGAACUGUCCAGCACAUACCCUGACCGUCCGCCUCUCAGUCCUCGUCACCUGCCCGGAAAACCCCGCAGCCCCCAUGGGGGCACACCCACUAAGAUACCGAGCCCCGUCGGCACCCUACUGCAUAGGAGGACACCGGACCUGAUACCGCCCCAAGAUACGGAAUCUUACUUGCUCAAGACGCAGAACGCCAUCACUAACCUGCAGGCGAAGCUCCAAUCGUCCAGGGCGAACAACUUCUCGAACAUUCCGUCCCAGCUCACGUCCAGCCUGAUCAGCGAGAAGACCGCCGUCUCCCGUCUGCCCCUGUCGCAGCUGAGCCGCUCCAACUCGUUGAACUACCGCCUCAGGCGCAAAGACCACUCGGGCGACGGCAGCCCGCUGAGGAGCCCGGGCCAUUACGUCAUCACCGGCUCCACGAAGACCGGAGCCGCGAAAGCGCUCCCCACCACCUCGAGGUCUCUGGAUACAGACAGACGCCACGACUCCAACAUGAACAGCCCCACUUCCGACCGUGGCCUCUGCAGCAACAGCUCGGACGACAGAACACUCUCCAACAAGCCCCAGUACAGAUCGCCCCAGCACAGACCGACUCACCCCACACGCCACAAAAGCCACGAAACUAAGCAACCCAACCCACUCGCAGAGAGCAACUCCAGCCAAGCGGUCUGCCUCAAGGCCGUGCUGAAAAGCAACGCGAUCGACGCGAAACUUCACCCGCGUAUCGAACAAACGCGUUACCACGGCGACGGCAGGAAGACCCACCAGCGCGUGUUCAGCGACAACGCCAAGCAAUUCCGGCCCGUGCCCACCGGCAAUAGCGCCGCUUUCGGCGUGUCGAUAAAGCGCUCGAGCUCUUUCAACACGGUGAACAGGAACAACAACUACAUCGAAGUGUCUAGAAUCAAGUCGAGGCGGUCCAGCGGCCACUCGGAGUACAAGGAGGACUAUCUAUCCGACGAGUCGGACAACGGAUCGUUCGACAAGUCGCAAGACGUCAGGUUCAAGAGGGCGACGCUGAGAGGGAGGAUCGACUCGCCGGAUCUGAAGUCCGUGGCGCCCGCCAACUCGCCCAGGUGCCCGAACACGCCCGAAAUGCAGAGGAAGUUCGGGCCGGGCCUGGUGCGGAACACGGGCCACACCAGGGAGAGGCACUCGAGGAUGUCCGAGCCCCCGGCCUCGAGGGAGGAGAGGGCGAAGACCGCCAACCAUCAGAGUAGACGGACGUCGGACCCGACCAGGCAAGCGGCGCUGAGCAGACUGACCAAGUCCAGGUCCUCGACGAGGGAGGUGCAGCCGCCGAGGGUCCAGGAGAAAGGUCAGAAGAAACCGAGCCAGCACCGGUCUUCGUCCGCGCUGGCCACCAAGGAGGUGGAGUUCUCCAACUGGAAGAAGAGGUCCUCCUACGACCCCAUGAAGGCCGCGCAGGAGGGCAGAAAGAGACAGCAGAUGGCGAGGCGGCAGGAGUGCAACAAGGACGACCUCAGUUCGCCCAGCCAAUCCUCCCCAGUCCACCGCUCGCAGUCCUUCCACACGACGAACAUAGCGGACCUGGAGACGCUGGACUACUCCUCGGAGGACGACCAGAUGCUGUCCACGCUGCCCAUAGACCCGAUGGUCACGUCCACCCACUCGGACAUCCUGGACCUGAGGCCGAAAGACCACACCAGGGAGAAUCUCCGGCGGCAGGCGAUGAGCAACGACGUGGUUCUGUCCAGGAACUACGUCACCAGCUUUCAGGUGAACCAGCCGUCGAAGAAGAAAGCGAAAGGAGGCAGGGAGGCGGACAAGCGCAAGACCUACAUCGUCGACGACAUCACCCCCACGAGGGAGAACGUGGACUUCCUCCCGAAGAGGGAGAGGGAGAGCGUGGACUUCCUGAAGGGCGAGGUCGUGGACAAGAGGAAGACCUUCAUCCUGGACAGCGACACGAACUCCACCACGAACGGCAGCAGCCCGAGGAACUCGUCGAUAUUCAGCCACGAGAAGAACUCUCUCACCACCGGCACCAGCGAUACGGAGUGCGAGAGCGGCACGGAGAGCGCCCCGGUGGUGAUGAGGCACCAGGGCGGGAAGAAGGGGACGGCGCAGGCGAAACAGAGGUAUAGCGGUGACUAUUCAAUGUCAUCGUCCACCACCUCGAUCGGCCAACAGCACAAGCGGCCCAAGGAGAUCCAGCCCAGGUACCUGGACAUUUCCAAGUACAAGGCGGAGAGCUCGCCGAAGAACUUCCUCAGGAGGGAUCCCAGUAAGACGUACGUCGGCGUUCUCAACAACCACGAGAGGACGGUCAGCAAAGGGAGCGCGCAGCAUUACGAAAUGGAACAAAAGAAGCAGGAGCUGGAGAAGUGGAAACGGAGGGCAUCGUACGAUCCGCGGAAGGCGGCGGCCCAAGGGAAGACCGCCAAGGCGACCCCGAACACUGCGAGUAGCGUUCUGCGAUCUCAGUCUUUCCACGGACCGGUGCUAGUCUCCCCAAAUGUUCGCUGUCAGCCGCCUCCGACGGAAAUAACGGAGAGUUACGACGCUUCGAGCGACAACGACUUC